AUGAACAUCUCACUAGGUAAUGGCAUCGAGCCUUCGGUUCCACCAAUGCUUGGUGGUCGUAAUGGAUCCCUUGCGGAUCGAAUGCAGACGUCACCUAUGCUGCACAACAACGAAGGCGGUGGGAUCUCCAAGCAAGCAGAUCUCUCCAAGAUCAGUAGCAUCAUUGGCGGCGACAGCAGUACCAGCUCUGGCUUUGAUGAUUUGAAGAAACUCAACAGCGGUGGGUUGUUUCCAAUCCUCGCUACGAAAAAAGCAACGGAGAAAGUGGAGAAAGUAGCGAAACCAGCUACGACUGAAAACCUCAAUAAUCGUUCUUCAGCCUCUUCCAAGGAAGUGGAAGAAAAGGUAACUGUCACCAAAAAGCGACGACCUCGCAAGAAAUGGAAGAAGCCAAAGGAUAAACCAAAUCGUCCUCUUUCUGCGUACAACUUGUUCUUCCAACAAGAACGCGCCCUAAUGCUCGGAAAUGGCAACCCUCCGAAAGAAGACCCCACGGAAGUUGAAGUGGAAGAAUCUUCUGAGACUUCUGGCGACAACAGUGCCUCUGCCAAGAGACGAAUUCACCGAAAGACUCACGGCAAGGUUGGCUUUGCCGAAAUGGCACGAUCCAUUGGUUCAAAAUGGAAGUCCCUCCCAGACUCGGACAAGGAGGUCUUCGUCAAGCAAGCUUCGAAGGAGAAGGAACGUUACGCCAAGGAACUUUCUCUAUGGAAAGAGCAACAAAAGGUCAAAGAGCAACAACAGCAAGAAAUGGCAAACUCUAUCGCUGCUAGCAACGCCCAUAACGACUCCAACCAAUCAAAUGGUGUGGAUGCCUUUGCGGAUUCUGCUACCAAGCAAAGACUUGCACUCCUUCAAGAUGUCACACGGGGAAAUACCGAUUUGUCGACCAUUAAUAUUCUUCGAGCACUUCAGGGCCAACAGCAGCAGCAACAGCAACAUCAACCACAACAGCAGCUAGGAUCUGACAGCAACAGCAAUAACUUGAAGUCCUAUCCAAACGCUGCAGAAGCAUCUGCCAAUGCCAUUUUCCAACAAUUCCAAGGAUUACUCUCUCAACAACAGCCUCAACCAACUCACUUGAAUCCCUUCUUACUUGCUUCCCAGGGAGGUGUUUCGGGUGGAAAUGAUAUGACACCUACUUCCUCCUUGUCAUUAGCUGAACAAUUGCAGUUGAACACUGUGGCACAGCAACGCAUGCAAUUAGAACGAUUGCAAAUGCAGCAAUUGCUGUUGCAAAAUCAGAUGGCCAUGUCCAAUGUUGCAGCCCAAGCACCGGUUUCAAACAACCCGUCGCUCGAUAUGCUACAGCAGCAAAUGAACCAACAGUUUCAGCCAAACAACGUAGGAAACGGGAACCAAUUGAACUUCUUUCCCAACCAACAGAGACCAUAG